AUGAGCCUUACCAAUACCCCUGCCCGUGCCAAUGUUGGUAUCUUUCAUGAUGAAGAUGACAUAGCCACCCCUGCCCCCAAUGAGAACUUGACUUCCACUCUGGGUCCAGCUGAGCGCUGCCAUCGCAUCAAUGGACAAAAGGCCAAUGAACUUAUGGCAAUGGCCAUUGGUUUGACCACCAAGGAAGGACGCCAGCUUGGGAACACUGAUGAAGAGCCCUAUGCUUCAAUGAAGUUUCGAAAAAAGGUGGUUCCCACUUCCGCUUUGUUGAUUCAGGAAAUCAAACGUCGCUGCAUGGCCGCAAACACAAAGCAACCUGCCUGCAAGAACUGGGACAAGAAAAAGCUUGUUAAAUGGAUGCAGCUUUACCCGUUGACUGAAGAAAGAGAUGUUAAGUAUGUCAUCGAGCAAGAACAGAAGUUGUUUGACCUCAGCACUCGUAUGAACGAAGAAAGGGCCAGCGAAAAGAAGCAAGGUGGACAUGGUGCCUGGGCUUAUCCAGAGCCUUGGAUUCGUGUCUAUGAAUGCAUUUUGUCCGAGGAAGUCCGCGACCUGUUUGUCAAGAGUACCCAAGUACACAGCAGGGAUGAGUUGGACGCUAGAAACUCCAGUGAAAGGCCCGAGACCAUUUGGGAAGCAGCCGCAAGGCUUUACAAUGACUCGGACAACGUUGUUCUUUCCAGUAGCUUACCUGAUUUGCAUUCUGCUUUCGCAGAGGUUUUGGACUGCUCCUUCGAGAAGAUGCCGGGCCUCAUAACUCCAGAUGAAAUCAAGCGCCGCUUUGGUGACAGUCGAGCCAGGCUGAUCAAGAUGAUCAGUCGCUGGGAGCAAAGUGGAAAUGGAUUUGGCCAGAGAAAUGAAGAUGAUGACGACUUCGGACACAUUGGAGAGAAUGAGUUGCAGUGUGGUGACAAUCGAGCAAGCUACCUUGAUUCCAUGACACGAGAACAUGUUCUUUACCUUUGGCACUUGGCCGACAGAGAGGAGAUCUUGAAGAACGUGCUCAGUGUCAUCGCUGAAGGUUCCUCGGCGAGUUCGACCAGCUGUCCAUCAGUUGCAGCUUCCGCGGAAGCAUCCAAUGCCAGGAAGCGCCGCAAGGAUGAGAAAUAUCUGGCUUUCUUUCGUUCGCGCAUGAGCCUGUCCAUGGUGACAUUGUCUCGUGCAAGUCUCUUCAAGGAACUCCGUGAAACCCAAGACAAGGAAACGGAAUACUCGCUGAAAGUAUUGGAGGCAACCAGCCAGCAGCUCAGCGACGUGUACAUGUCUCGCCUUGCAACUUUGCGUGAGCAGAUCAAGAUUAUCCAGGAGACCAUCGAUGAGAUGCACUAUGAAGAGUUCGAUGAGUCGGUCAAGCGCUCCGCCAAGAAGAAGAAGAAGACCGCCGCCAAGCCAAAGAAGAAGAAGGCCAUUGUGGAAGAUCCCAUUGUUGAUUCUGAUGAUUCCGAAGAAGAGGGCAACUGA